AUCUAUGAAUGAACAAAAAGGACAAAGUGAGACCCCAAAACCUUUCUUGGCUCUCAACAAGUAUUUGCAAGACCAAGUCCUCCUUGACACCACAAAAGCGAUUGCCAGCCAGGUUCUAGUCUUGUAUAAGACAGAGUUGAUGGAGAAGUUCUCAUCUUCUGUUGGAGAGUGUGAUUCUGAAGAGUCUCUGGAGGCCAUUCUAUUUGUGGAUGGGAUCAUGUCUGACUUGAAUGAUUUCACCAGUUCUUGUUCCGCCUCACCAUCUGAGUUGUUAGACAGUGAACAAUGUCUCUCCCAUCUCACUUUUCCACUUGGUAUGCAGGACAGCACCACCAACAGUGAAUCUACCCAGAGUCUUCCAGUUAUAAAUAUGAAGAAACUCUCCAGUGUGUCUUUCCAGACAAAGGCUAGAAAGGCAGUGAGUGAAGCUCUGAGAUCUGUCAACCCUUUUACAAACAGCUUACUGGGAGACUCUGAAGCAUCUAUAUUACUGGACACUUUUGUAACAGAUGUGAAGACUAUUGUUCAGUCCAUGCAGGCACAUGAAUCUGAAAUUCUCAGAAUUUCAAAAGUGAGCACCCUUUCUGCUGCUCGUAUUAUAUAUCAUAGAUUUCGAGAAAUGCUGAGGCGGUUUCUCACUCCCUGCCAAGACUCUGUAAAGGUCAUCGAUGGUGUUACACCAAUACAUGACGAGACUCUCAAACAGGCUCCUAGUGAAAGUUUAGAUUCUCAGGUGACUUGUAAUAGUGAUUCUCCUGAAAUCCAAGCGGACCUUCAAACCUGUACCAAGGAGGUCAUUAGUCAGAUCCUCACUGUGUAUCACUCUGAGGAAUCCAUGGAGAAAUGCCUCUCUAGCCUAAAAGGAGAUACAGAAGACAUGUCCAAGCUUUUGGACGCCGUUGUUUCUCAGAUUGACGUCCUUGCCGCCUCCAAAUCAUAUUUAUCUGUUGAUGACUAUGCUGUCAAUACACAGGACAAUUUGCAUGGUGAGAUCAACAAUGAUGAAGAGGAAGCAUCCUCUAGAAGUCUUAAAUCCACAGCCUUUGACAAACUAUGUACUGAUGAGUUUCAAACUAAAGCCUCACAUUUGGCUGGUGGGAUCCUCCAAUCAGGGUUGAUUGGCAAUGUAAAUACCAGCCUUGAUGGUAGAAGUGCAGAGUCCAGUAAUGAUGGUGAUGAUAGAGAUUUCAAAAUCCUUCAGAGCCGUGGAACUCCACCUUUGUUCACCUCUUCUCUACACACCAAUUCUGCAGCAUCCAACAUCGUCAUAAGCAUCACUAAAGACCUUAAUAGCUUCACCCAGAUGACUAAAAUGUCUGAUGCUUCAGUGUCUGGCCAGUUAGAGAGAUCCGUGUCAGCUUCAACCCUUCCUGUCAGUGUUCACAACGGGGUCAAUGUGAAAGGAAAGAUCAUUUGGCCAGGCACUGUUAACCUGUUCAACAAUGUGUUCGUCAAGGUCAAGGAUUUUUUUGCCCAGCAACAACCGGUACUCCUAGACAAUGUGGUUGAGGCCCCCAAACAUGCCAAAUCCAUAUGCAGAACAGCUACUUCUACACAAAUGACUUACAGUGAACAUGAAGGCAGCCAGACCAGCAUGGUAAAUUAUUCCAAAGCCUUAAUUAGUCAGACUUUGAUGACAAUCCAGAGGAGAGUGUCUAUGUCAGAGAGGAUGAGCACCUCAGAGAAAGGCCUCUUGACUCGUUCCAUCGUGGGCUCCAUGUUGGAGGAUGUUGACAUGGUGAGAACUGAUGGACACGAGAUACACCAGCCAUCCUCCUCAAAGUCCUCCCUUUCCAUCACCUCUGCCAUGACCAGAGGGUCCCAGAGUGAUUUUACAAAUUCUCUUCCAGGCACUCCAGUCCCCAAUGAGUGGCCUGUUGAAAUCUAUUGUCCUAUCAUUAGGAGUUCGGUCAUUGAUAUGAGUGACUCUUCAACUCAUUCACAAGGGUCAACAAAUUACACAAGGCAAACCAUCUCUGCCAUAGUUGACACUGUUAUGGAGGUCAUUCCAAGAGAAGAUACGGAACACAUAGCCACUGCAGAUGAUGUCACUUCUUUUACAAGAAGACUUGCGAGACUCAGCCCCAGGGGCGGUCUUCAGAACUUCUCACAUGAGCUCACUGACAAAGUUUAUGAGCUCAUAAAAAGUCACAACACCCCCAGGCUCUUUUUGUGCCAGCUGGCAAGAGCGUGUCUGACUCUAUUCUUUUGAAGCUGAAGACAGAAUUGAAUGCUUCUGAAGAAUCCAGGAGUUUCCAUCUGACCUUGUGUACUCCUUUGCUACGGAGUCAAUAAAACGUCUGCUACAGCAGAUUGUCUUCUGGCUUCCUCCACCAUCACAAGGAUCAGAUUUCUGCCAAACUAUCAUCUCUGAUGGUUCUCUGCAGGAAACAAGUCAGCUUAUCCCGAGCUCUUCUGCCAUCUCCAUUAGUUCCUCACAGGUUUACUGUGACACAAAGAGCCUUUUCACCAAUAUAAUGGUCAAUCAGGUCAUGUAUACCUGUUCUGUGGCCUCCAAUUCAUCAGAAGAAUUAUCAGAGUUGAUGAACGUAAUCAAUGGGUUGUCCCCAACUGAUGCUGGAACACUUGACUCUGACAGACCGGCUCUCAUGACCACUAGCCGUCAGUCUAGUGCCAAAUCAUUGCCUAGACCCUCUCUGUCUGGCAACAGCACACACAACGGUGGAACUGUGGAUUAUCAAGUUUUAGGAGAGGUGGAAUCCAAGAUGGACAACAAAGAUCUGGAGAUGUCUAGUGUCUCUGUGCAUCCAUCAACUCCAUCAGCCAUGGACUCUGAUACACAUGCAUCAUUUGACUCCACUAGCAAUGACUACACCUCUUUGGUACUUUUACUGAUUGUUAGACUGCUGUCAAUGACCACCCCUAUCACAUUACUGGAAUCCUCUGACAUUGGUGAAACAUCAAGAGUUCUCACAAAGAGGAUUCUGUCUGAGUUCUGUGGCACCUCAGGCCUUGAACCAACUCAAGCCUACCCCCAGAAUCUGAAAAUUAAAAAGAUUUUCAAGGCUGUCUACAAGGGGCUUCUUCAAGAAUUCGGGUCAGAGAAGAUGCUCCAGGUUGCAAUGAAGUCAACGGAUUAUGCAUUUGACGAUGCCCUGGUCAAAUCAUUAACUAGGGAACUACUAACUAAAUGCAAUGAGGCUAGCUCUUCACCUCCCUCCAAUACCCAGUUGUCAUCACACAAUGCACUUGGCAGUGACGAGGUAGGUAAUUAUGGGCUUCCAACAACUGGUAGAAAGGAAAAGAAGAGAGGAAGAUUCAGCACUCUCUGUGGACUCCACCCAAAGUGUACAAAGAAGGUCAACAAGAAGAACCACUGCACUCCAACACCUUCCCAGAACCAGACCCCUGCCGGUAGUGAAACAGCUUAUGCCUGCCCACACCAUAACCCUACAGCCAACACGACGCCAUAUACGUGGUCUGUGGUUGUGAGGCCGGUUGGACAUACUGCCAAAUUCUCUAAAACAACAUUGAAGUAAAGAAAUAAACAUUAAAUUCUCUGGCCACAGGUCUGGUGGACAUUCCUGCAGUCAGCAUGCCAAAUGCACGCUCCCUCAAAACUAGUCAACCAGCGUUUUUCCUUGCUCCUAUUUUUCUCAGUUUCAGAGACAUCUGUGGCAUUGUGUUGUGUGACAAAACUGCACAUUUUAGCGUGGCCUUUUAUUGUCUCCCGCAUGAGUUGCACCUUUGUAAUGAUCAUGCUUUUUAACCCACAAGAGUCUAAGCCCUGUCUAGGCCGAGGGGUUUCUAUCGGCCUUACUGCUAUUAGCCCAUACAAAAGUAAUGAAUAACAGAUUCACUACAUGGAACUGA